CUGAGCGAAGCCGUCUCGACUGGUUUGCCCCCGGAGCUGUCUUCCAGUGCGCCUGUCGAAAAAGUGACAAUUGAGCACGGUCCGCGGACACCCAGCGAACCGCCUGACGAUGAUGACGAUGACGAAGUCAUUUCACCCCUCGUGUCCCCUAAGGACGUUCCCCCUCCGCCGCCACCACCACCACCACCUCUCAACUUUCGUGGCCUCCCUCUCCAGGAUCCUCGGUUGACUGGUGUCCACCCUGCUAUGUUUGGCUCUUCUCGCGCAUUUGCCGAAUUAGGGCCUGACUUUCAGUCUCGACGAGCAGAAGAUUCAUUCCUCCCCAGCAGACGUACCUGUGUCUCGACGUCCAUCUUCGAGAGCUACGACCGGAUUAAGAAUAAUCAACCACCUUCCCCUCCGCCGUUGCCCUCGUGGAGCGAACAUUCCUGUAAAUCGUCGGAGCUAUCUUCACGAUUGUCACCUCAGUCGGUGGAGUGUACUAAAAACAGCGUAACAAGGUCAAGCACCACCAGCGAUUCCCUUUCUACCAUCCUAAAACGCGACCAAGAGAUAAGAGUCUGGCAGGAGACUCACUCCCUACGACGAAAUUUCACCCCGCCACCCUCCACUUCGCACCAUCGUCCUUAUCCCCACGAACAACGCAGUCUUCGAAAUUCGACGUCUUCCCUGGAGGCGAAUCGACAUUCUGUGCAGUCCUUGCGCCACCACUCCCAACCUCAACUCCUUCAUUACCCCCAACACCAUCCCCAUACUGGACUGCAUUUAGACUCGCAACACCACCACCACCAACAACAACAACGUAAGGAAACAUUUAGCGGCAGCUGGAUUGGUAGUCAUCGCAGUGAUUCGUCUGGCCCUAGUCACUCUCCAAAGCCCCCUGCCUAUAACUCUUCCUGCUCCCUUUCAACCGAUAAUAUUGAGAAUGUUCAGGCGGCCCUUCGGAGACAUCGCGAUCAUCUGCGCGCUCAACUCGACCUUACUCUGGGCUCGACUUCGGUUGUCACCACCACCGCCACAGGUUCCGCCGGAUUAACGGCCAAGGGUCGGUUGUCGACGUCAUCUGUGCAUCAGUCAGGCGACAGGAUUCUGGAGCAGGCACGGUUUCGGAACGAUGUAGUCCCUAACGGAGGUCUGCCUCUCCUAGGCCCCUAUUCACGAGAUAUUUUUGUCCCACGUCAUGCCGUUAGCAUCAACCGGGACGCUAGCAAUCCAGUUACCUCAGAGGGCAUGUGGGCUCUCAUCACGGGAAAAUUUCCAACGUCUUACGCCUUGUUUACUUCGUUCCGCCUGAAGCUGCUCUCCCCCCUGGCUCUCAUCCGAUAG